AUGUCCGACGAAACGUAUGGGAACUAUCAGAAUGAGAUCUACGGGAAGGGCUCUCUCAUGGGCAUCCUGCCCAGUGUGACGACGGAUCCCCGGUUACUCGAGGGGAAAGCUCGCAAGGCUCUUGGAGAGCGGUCCUUCAACUAUGUUGCUGGGGGUGCGGGAGAGAAAGCAACGAUGGAUAGUAACCGACUGGCGUUUCGACAAUGGAAACUUUUGCCGCGGAUGCUACGGAAUAUGGAUGAACAGGAUGUCUCCGUCGAGCUAUUCGGCCGAAAGUACAAAAAUCCGCUGCUAAUGGCUCCCAUUGGCGUGCAGGGGAUCUUCCACGAAGACAAGGAGGCGGGAUUGGCGCAAGUUUGCGAGGAGGUUGGUGUGCCGUAUAUCAUGAGCACAGCCUCCACAAGCACCAUUGAAGAAGUCGCGGCAGCAAGCAAUGACGGAGAUCGAUGGUACCAGUUGUACUGGCCUCACGACGACGACGUUACCAUUUCCCUGUUGAGCCGAGCCCAGGCGGCCGGCUUUUCCGUGCUUGUGGUCACCCUCGAUACGUGGAGUCUAGGGUGGCGACCGGCCGAUCUAGACAAUGGCUAUGUGCCGUUCAUCAAGGGAGUUGGGUGCCAAGUUGGCUUCAGUGAUCCAGUCUUCAGGGCCAAAUUCGAGGAUGCCAAUGGAUGCAAGAUUGAAGACGACAUUGUGAGUGCCUCGCGAGCGUGGCUCAGCCAUAUCGCGUCAGGUCGCGCGCAUACAUGGGAAGAACUGGCCCUGCUACGCAAACAUUGGGCCGGGCCAAUCGUGUUGAAGGGAAUUCAGCACGUUGAUGAUGCCAAGAAGGCAUUGGAGUACGGAUGCAACGGGAUUGUGGUCUCAAACCAUGGUGGCCGCCAAGUUGAUGGGGCGAUCGGAUCUCUGGACGUUCUACCAGAAAUCGUCGAUGCGGUGGGUGACCAAAUGACGGUGCUCUUUGACUCGGGAGUUCGCACAGGUGUCGAUGUGAUCAAGGCACUUGCGUUGGGUGCCAAAGCGGUCCUAGUGGGCCGACCGGUGAUCUACGGGUUGGGAAUUGGUGGACGCGACGGGGCCAAACAGGUCUUCAAAGGCCUCCUCGCCGAUUUCUGGCAAAGCAUGGGCUUGGCAGGGAUUCGUACGGUGGCUGAUUGUAACCGAACCGUGAUACGCAAGGUGCAGCACGGAGGCGAUGUCAAGGCAAUGCUAUAG